AACUCUUUUUUGACGUUCACACUAGCGCACUCUGGUGUUAACACCUCGAAGCUAGUAUCGAAACGAAAAGUUACUUUGGAGAAUAUUAUUCCUGUUAUUACUAGCCAAAAAUGGCUUCAUUGUGUAGAAGAAUCGUUACAUCUACAGCAAGAAAUCAUGUUCUAUCAACAAGCUAUAGAAUGGCCUCUAAAGUUACAAUGGGAGACCCUCUAGAACAUGCUACUGGCUUAGAAAAACGCGAACUGUUAGCAAAAGUAGCAGGAAACGAUAAUCCCUUUGACAUCAAAGUAAUCAAAAGAGGUCCUGGCUCAAAAGCCCAACCUAACGAAAUUCCAUCAGCCUUCGAUGCCCGUCUGGUAGGCUGUGUUUGUGAAGAGGAGUCUACAAGUAUAAAUUGGAUGUGGCUGCACAAGGGGGAGCCUAAGAGAUGUGAAUGUGGACACUGGUUUAACUUAGUACACAAGGCCCCAGUAUAAAUUUAAUUUUGUCAUAGAACUUUGAGUAAAAUAGUGCGUUAUAAUAAUAAAUUUAUUUCCUUCUUU